UCGUGCGGUGCGGUCGCCGCUAUGGAGCACGACGAGGAGCGCUCGCUGUCGCUCGGCACGGAGCUGUCGUCGGCGCCGCCGCCGUCGCCGCUCACGGGCUGCUACCUGCUGGCCGUGGUCGGGGAGCCCAGCACCCAGCAGCACAAGGAGAUCAUCCUCCAGCGGCUCGUCAAAGGACUGCUAUCAUGGGACUCUGGACAGCACCAGGUGGACUUGGAGAAGGAACUGGCCACCCUCACGGCGCAGGCACCCGAGGGGGAGGAGGCCAGAUAUGGAGAGCGACUGAUCCAGUUCGCUUCGGAGAGCCUGGUGACGGAGAUCCUCAUCCAUCCCCAGAUGAACACGCUGAUGCAGUGCAUGCGCAACCUGCUCAGCUCCUUCACCCGACACAGACACCUCGUGCACGCCGGCUACACCUGCGCCGGCAACGGCUCCUGGAUCAUGCAGGACGGCACAUUUUCCCUUGCUGACUUCGUGGACGCUUACCAAGAGAAUGAGGUCCAGCGCGUGAUCCGCGCUUACGACAACUCCAUAUCCAUCGACAUCCACUGCGCCGGCGUCGGCGAGUGGGCGCGCCUGCCGCACCUGCCGCUCGCCAAGCACUGCACCAUCAGAGUCAACCCCACUGACGUCAUCGACCCAGCCUCGCAGGCUGUCAAGGAUUUUGUCUCGUACCUGGAACCGUACAUAGUGCCGGCGUCGCUGGAGCAGCUGCUGGUGGCGAGCGACGUGGUGGGCAAUAUCCGGUUCUCCCACCCCACGCUGUACGUGUUCCCCGGCGGACAGGGCGACGCCGCGCUAUUCGGCAUCAACGGAUUUAACAUGCUCGUGGACGGCGGCUUCUCGCGCAAGGCGUGCUGGUGGGACUUCGCCCGGCACCUCGACCGCCUCGACGCCGUUCUCUUCACCCGGCUGAACAACUGCUCGCUGGCCGGCAUGGCCGCGGUGCUGCGCCGCAAGGCCACCGCCAGCGUCUACCCCCAGAUCGGACACUUCUUCUGCAACCUCGAGGAGCGGCGCUCGGCCGGCAGCAGCGACGAGGACAAAGACGCGGACCCGCUGCUGGUGUCGCUGCUGCAGGGCGGACACGACCUGGUGGCCGACCUGCGCCGCCUCAACCUCCGCCCGCAGCACUGCUACCGGAGCCCCGAACCCGUCAACCUGUACCACAAAGUUGGACACGGAACACUGGAUAUGUACGUGCUAAAUCCGUCCAAAGAUUCUAAAUAUGUUCGUGAAUUUUUGAAAAGGUGGCACAACAGUGAACAAAAACUUUUUGAAGGUGCUAGUAUAUCGGGACAAUUCAAUUUCCCAGUGCCGAAUUUAGUGUCCAUAUGUGCGUUGCUCGUCUGGCGGCCCGCCAAUCCCGACGACACGAUUACUAGAAUAAUGUUCCCGGGGUCUACGCCUCAACAUAAAAUAUUCGAGGGCUUAGAGAAAUUGAGACAUUUAGAAUUCCUUCAACAUCCGACGUAUACUGGUCGUGAAAUGAACGCUGCGAGUGUUCCUCAAACGACAGCCCCCGCCGCCACUAAAACGACGAAGCCGAUUCCAUCGAAAACGAGUAGAGAAAAAAUAAUUUCCGAGAAAAGAGACGAAAAAGGUGAAGCCGAUAUCCCUCAGCCUAAGUAUCCUACGAAAGAUGAAACGGAUUCAAAGAAUAUUAUAGAUAAUAAGUUAUUGAGUGAAUUAGUAGAGGGUGAAGAUAAAAAAAUCGAGUCAGUUCUUCAGGACGCGAUCACCGCCAGAAUUGAAACAAAAGUCGAUGAAAGCCUCGCUCAAUAUGAUAGUAUUGUCAAUGGGUUACCGAAAAAAAGGGAAACCCAGAAGAAAAUUGUAGAUAAAAAGACUAAACGUGUAGAUAGGUCGGACGAUAAUAAAGAUGUAUUAAAUAAAACAGUUGAAUCUAAGAAAAUUGACUCGGAAAUGAAAACAAAAACGGAAAACAAAAAGAAAACGGAAAAAACUAAAACUGAAUCUAUGACCAAAAGUAAAGUAACUCACAGAAUAUCUAGUAAAAUUAUAGACAAAAAAAUAAAUUUGAUUGAUAAAAGAAAUGAAGACGAUAAAAAGUCUCCUCCUUCGACCCCAAAAAAACAAGUUGAAGCAAAGCCAUUGACUGUCGUUACAAAAGAUAAAAUAAAAACCAAAACACGAAAACUAAGUCCUGGAAGUACACCAGCCAAAAGCACCAAAGAAGCGAAUAACCGAAGAGUAGUGGAAUCUAAAUUUAAACAACCAUCUCCAAAGCGUGAUAUCUCACAAAAAAUAGCGGACAAAAAAGAAAUAAAGGCCAAACGUGAGCCCAUUUCACGUCGUCCAAGGCCAAUAGGCUCCCCAACUAAAGGUGUUAAAACUGCUAAGAGUCCUACAAAAUCAGUUAAAGCAAUAAAAGCAGAUACAUCAAAACUUAAAGGAUUACAACGAGUUAAUUACGAAGAUAUUUUACGAGAAGCAAAGAAGUCUGAUGAAGAAACUUCUAAAUCACUUGACGAUAUAAAGCAGCAAGAGCUGGAUGAAAGAGAAGAACAAGAAAUAGUUAGAGAAAUUGAAGCCGUAUUUAACAGAGAUAGCGAAGCUGAAGAAAAAGUUGAGUAUGUCGGUAGAUCCGAUAUUGAAAAAAUAACGUGUCUUCUUGAUGAUGUAAAAACUGAAACGACUGCUGAUGGUGAAUUUGAAGAAGAAUACCUUAUAAUUGAAAAAGAAGAAGUUGAACAAUACACUGGUGAGGACAUAUUGCAUGAGAAGUUCAGCCAUGAAGAGGAAUCGCAAAAACAUGUGAAAGAAAAGGAAGAAUCGGAAAAGAAAAAGGAUAACGAGGAGACUAUAAAAACGACUAUAGAUAAAGGUAGUAAGGACAAAAUAGAAGUUGACCCUACUAAAGAUACAAAGGAGAAAGAAAGUAAAGACUUUGAUUCAAAAGAACAUUCUAUUAGCGUUGAAGAAAAACAAGAUGUGAGCAGUGAAAAGAAAACAUCUGAUAGCAAAAGUGGUAUUAUUAAACCAAAAGAUUCUUUAGAAAAUAUUGUUCAAGAAUCGCAGCCCGAUGAAAAGGUAUCAACAACAAUUGAAUCUGGAGCAACAACUGCUCCCACCCUACCGGAAGAUGAGCGCAUCACGUUAGAUGAUAUAAAAGAAGAUCAAGGUAUAGAAGAAAAACAUGAUAAUGAAAUUACCAAAGAAACUGUUAUUUACCCUACACAAGUAGAUAAACAAAGACCUUUGACCUUUGAAAAAAAAAUAAAACAUGAAGCUAUACCUCCUCAUCUAAGGGAUAUUGUUAAAACUCCUGAUGAAGUUGCUGACCUCCCGUUGCACGAAGAAGUUGAUUACAGGUCUUAUGAUGACAAAAAAACUCCCUUAGAAGAGGACAACAAAUUGAAGGGCUAUCAAAUUGAUAUAAAUGUACCUAAGGACUUACCGCUUUCAGAAAAAAAUGCACCUUCAUUAGACAUGAAAGCUAUGCACGAUAACAUAGUAAUAAAAACAGUGGAACGUCCUUCUCAUGCCGAAGUUGUAACAGUAACACCAGGAUCAGCUCCAGAAUCACCGAUGUACCAAGAACAAAAUAUUCAGUCUACUAAACAUCCCGCAAAAGGCUUAGAAACUGUGGAUGAAUAUGGAUACGGUUCAUUUACUGAAAAAUUAAGAGAAACACAUAUAACAACCGUUGAUUCUCCAAUGAAAGACGAUAUUAUAAUUGUUGACGAAAUUCAAACGAUAUCAGAAAAAAUUCCAUCAAUACCGGAAGAUGUGGAAACUGAAAUCGAAGAAACGCAAAAGAUAGAAGUGAGCAAACCACCUCUAAGUCCAAAAGAAGUAGAAAAAAUCGUUUCAGAUGUUGCAGAAGUCUUAAAGUCUGAUAAAAGCUUAGAUGAACUUAUAGCUGAAAAGUCUCCAAUGCUUUCAAAAUCUCCCGAAUUAUUUACAAACAUCAUCGAUACCCUAGCUAAUCCUAUAGAAUCGACGAAAGUAUUUUUGGAAAGUCAAAAAAUUCACCACAAAGAUGUAUCGCCUGCAAAGUCAAUACCAUCGGAAGAAAUAAGUGAUAUAUCAGACAAAACUGUGCUCAGUAAACCGGCUGUUCAAGAAGAUACUGAUAAAUCAAUCAAGUCUUAUGAUAAGCAAGAUGAAACCAAAAAAGAUAAACAAUUAAAAGUAACCUUAGAAUCAGCGAAAACAUUAGAAAAACUAGAAGAAAAAAUGACAAGCCUUAGAAGCCAGGAAGCAAUAGCAAAAGAAAGUAAAAUUAUUGAAAAAGAUGAGAAACCGAUAACAUUAAAAAUUGAUCAAGAUCUUAUUAAAAAAGAAAGUGGUUUAAGCAUGGAUAGAAAGGAUGACCAAAAACUUAUAAAGCCUGAUCUAUGCGAUGUUAGCAUUACUAAAACUCAAUUAGAUACACCUAGUCCAGAUUUGAUCCAAGAAGCUACUGAUUUAUAUGAACGUGAUACAGCUAGUUCUCAACAUGUAUUAAAAAAGCGUUCUGCUGAUCUCGAACAGACUCUUGACACAAGUAAAGAGAGCGAAGUUUGUAUAUUAGAAACUGUUGAAGAAAAGAAAAAAGAGUCAAAAUCAAUGAUAAGUAGUUUUAUGAACAAAUUUGACGAAAAACUGACUAAGGCCAAAGGUUUGUUCACUCGAAAGACUGAUAAAACUACCGAAGAUGAUGAUGAUUCAAAAUCGCAACGUAAAGAAAGCAUAGAUCAAACAUUAUCACACCAAAGUUGUCUAAGUGAUAAAGUAAAAGAAAAGUUAUUACAAUUGCAUAUUUCUGAACAAAUUUAUAAUUCUUUUUAUACCGACACUUUUUCAGUCAUAGAAUUAAUUUAUUCCCAAAAACUGCAAGCAGAUGAAAUGCUUAAAGGGUUUAUAUGUAAUGAUAAGCCUGAAGAAAAUAUUCAAUCAAACACAGAAGAAAUCAAAAAGAAUAACAUACUUUUUUUGAGAAAUAUAAAAAUCGUGACAAUAAAAACCACCUACACCAAGCGAUAUGGAAUGGAUACUCGAAUACAAAUAAUAAAAAUUAUAGAAACUACUGACAAGCAUCCAAAUGGUAACGAAGAAACAUCAGUUGUGGGUAAUUUGUCGGUUACGGAUGAGAAAGAAUUAGAUAAUUUAAGUAAGUGGACCGUCAAUGAAACAACAGAUGAAAAAAAAUAUUCACACGAUGAAAAAGUCAUUGAACACGGAGUAGAAAAAACCCGAAAUGUAAAUAGUACGAAAAUAACAACAAUAUUAUCAACAAAAGAAAAAGGACAACUGAAAUCCAAAACAAAUGAAACCAUUGUUUAUAAAAUGUAUAACAGUCCUGAAACAUUAACAGUAACAAAAAUAAGCGUUGCAGAUUAUAAUCCUCGAACGAAGAUAGAAUCAAAUAAGAAGCUGAUUCAACUCAUAAUAUUCUCAAUAACAUCAACAGAUAAUGUUCCCGAAGAAGUACUUGAUACAACAUUGCCGAUAGAGCAGUUAGACCAGGAAAGUAGAAAAGCAGUAAGUCCAGUAAAAGAAAAAAUGCUUGAAAUGAUGACAACUGUCGAAACCCAACUAAGAGAUAAGACUGAAUCUAAAAUAAGUAUUCCAAGCAAAGAUAAACAAGAAGACAAAAAGAAGUCGUUCAGCCCUGACGAAUCAAGACAGGAUAUAAAGACUUCAAUAAGCCCUACAGAACCAACACUGUUAGAUAAACUGACAACAAAAUAUGACAAAACAGAACCAGAAGAAAAUCUGAGCAUUGAGAAGCUCGAUAAAGUAUCUGAAAAGAGUUUGAAAGAAAAAGAUGAACAAGCACCUAGUCCAGUAAUGUCAAACAUGGACUUGAAAAAAGCUACAAGCCCUUUGGAAUCAAAACCGCUAAGUUCACCGGUAUCAAAAGACGAAAGGGAACUUAAAGUAGAACAUCCUAGCAAAGACACUAUAGAUGAAAUUCCUAUUCAGACUGUGGAGGAAAAGGAUGAAAAGACAUCCAGUCCAGUAGACAAACUGAUAGAUGGCAAAGAAUCUCCAUUAUCAGACCAGGCCGCAAAGAAAUCUCCAAGCACUGUGGAAUCAAAAACUUUCGAGGAACAAAAAGUAAAAGACCGAAAAGAACACAAAGAAGAACAUCCGAGCAAGGACAAACCAGAUGAAAUUCCCAUUAAAACUGUCGAGGAAAAAGAUGAAAAGUCACCCAGUCCAGUUGACAAACUGAAAGAAUCUCCAUUGUUGGUCCAGGACUUGAAGAAGUCUUUAAGCCCUGUAGAAUUAAAACAGGACGAAAAGGAACCCAAAGAUGAACAACCGGACAAAGAUAAAUCAGAUGAAAUUCCCAUUGAAAUUGUGGAGGAAAAAGAUCAAAAGACACCCAGUCCAGUAGACAAACUGAAAGAUGGCAAAGAAUCUCCAUUGUCAGACCAGAACGUUAAGAAAUCUCGAAGCCCUGUAGAAUUAAAACAUGUCGUUGAACCGAAACCAAAGGACGAAAAAGAACCCAAAAAAGAACAUCCGAGUGAAGAUAAACGAGAUGAAAUUCCCAUUAAAACUGUGGACGAAAAGGAUGAAAAGACACCUAGUCCAGUAGACAAACUGAAAGAUGGAAAAGAAUCUCCAUUGUGGGACCAAGACUUAAAGAAGUCUUUAAGCCCUGUAGAAACAAAACCGGUCGAUGAACUGAAACCAAAGGACGAAAAAGAAACAGGAGAAGAACAUCCAAGCAAGGAUAAACCAUAUGUAAUUCCUAUCAAAACUAUGAAGGAAAUAGAUCAAAAGACACCCAGUCCAGUAGACGAACUGGAAGAUAGCAAAGAAUCUCCAUUGUCAGGCCAGGAUGUAAAGAAAAGUCCUGUACAAUUAAAAUCAGUUGAUGAACUGAAACCAAAGGACGAAAAAGGAACAAAAGAAGAACAUCCUACAAAGGACAAACCAGGUGAAAUUCCUAUUAAAAUUGUAGAGGAAACGGAUGACAAGACGCCAAGUCCAGACGACAAACUGAAAGAUGGCAAAGAAUCUCAAUUGUUGGCCCAGGACUUAGAGAAGUCUUUAAGCCCUGUAGAAUUAAAAAUAGUCGAUGAACCGAGAGCAAAGGACGAAAUAGAACCCAAAGAAAAACAUCCUACCAAAGACAAACCAGAGGAAAUUCCCAUCAAAACUAUGGAGGAAAAGGAUGAAAAGACGCCAAGUCCAGUAGACAUACUAAAAGAUGGCAAGGUAUCUCCAUCGCCAGACCAGGCCGUAAAGAAAUCUCCAAGCCCUGUAGAAUUAAAACCAGUUGAAGAACUGAAACCAAAGGAUGAAAAAGAACCCAAAAAAGAACAUCCGAGUGAAGAUAAACAAGAUGAAAUUCUCAUUAAAACUGUGGACGAAAAGGAUGAAAAGACACCCAGUCCAGUAGACAAACUGAAAGAUGGUAAAGAUUCUCCGUUAUUGGACCAGGAUUUAAAGAAGUCUUUAAGCCCUGUAGAAAUAAAACCAGUCGAUGAACAAAAACCAAAGGACGAUAAAGAAACAACAGAAGAACAUCCAAGCAAGGACUGGCCAACUGAAAUUCCCAUUAAAAAAGUAGAGGAAAAAGAUGAAAAAACACCCAGUCCAGAAGACAAACUGAAAGAUGACAAGGAAUUUUCACUGUCGGACCCGGACAAAAAGAAAUCUCCAAGCCCUGUAGAAUUAAAACCAAUCGAUGAACCGAAACCAAUGGACGAAAAAGAAACAAAAGUAGAACCUCCAAGCAAGGACAAGCUAGAUGCUCUUCCUGUGAAGACUGUAGACGAAAAAGACGAAAAAACACCCAGUCCAUUAGACAAUCUGAAAGAUGGCAAAGAAUAUACAUUGUGGGGCCAGGACUUAAAGAAGUCUUUAAGCCCUGUAGAAACAAAACCGGUCGUUGAACCAAAACAAAAGGACGAUAAAGAAACAACAGAAGAACAUCUAAGCAAGGACAAACCAACGGAAAUUCCCAUUAAAAAAGUAGAGGAAAAAGAUGAAAAAACACCCAGUCCAGAAGACAAACUGAAAGAUGACAAGGAAUUUUCAUUGUUAGACCCGGACAAAAAGAAAUCUCCAAGCCCUGUAGAAUUAAAACCAAUCGAUGAACCGAAAUCAAAGGACGAAAAAGUAACAAAAGAAGAACAGCCAAGCACGGACAAGCUAAUUGCUAUUCCUGUGAAGACUGUGGACGAAAAGAUACCUAGUCCUGAAGACAAACAGAAAGAUGACAAAGAAUCUCUAUUGUCAGACCAGGACUUACAGAUAUCUUCAAGCACUAUGGAAUUAAAAAUUCUCGAGGAACAAAAAGUAAGAGACCAAAGAGAAAUCAAAGAGGAAACUCUGAGCCAGGGCAAACCAGAUAAAAUUCCCAUUAAAACUGUGGAGCAAAAGGCUGAAAAAACACCCACUCCAAUCGAAAAAUUAAAAGAUGGCGAAGAAUCUCCAUUGUUGAACCAGGACUUAAAGAAGUCUUUAAGCCCUGUAGAAUUAAAAACGGUCGAUGAAAUGAAAGCAAAGAAAGAAAAAGAACCCAAAGAAGAACAUCCUACCAAGGACAAACCAGAGGAAAUUCCCAUUAAAACUGUGGAGAAAACUGAUGAAAAGAUCCCAAGUCCUGUAGACAAACUAAAAGAUAGCAAAGAAUCUCCAUUUUUGGACCAGGACGUUAUAAAAACUGUGGGGGAAAAGGCUGAUAAGAUCCCUAGUUCAGUAGACAAACUGGAAGAUGGCAAAGAUUCUCCAUUAUUGGACCAAGAUUUAAAGAAAUCUCUUAGCCCUGUAGAAUCAAAACCGGUCGAUGAACCAAAACCUAGGGAAGAAAAAGAAAUAAAAAAAGAACAUCCAAGCAAGGGUGACCUAGAUGCUCUUCCUGUGAAGACUGUGGACGAAAAAGAUGAAAAGACACCCAGUCCAGUAGCCAAAUUGAAAGACGGCAAAGAAUCUCCAUUGUCAGACAAGGACGUAAAGAAAUCUCCAAGCCCUGUAGAAACUGUCGAUGGACCGGAACCAAAGGACGAAAUAGAAUCCAAAGAAGAACAUCUGAGUAAAGACAAAUCAGAUGAAAUUCCCAUUAAACCUGUGGAGGAAAAAGAUCAAAAGACACCCAGUCCAGUAGAUAAACUGAAAGACGGCGAAGAAUCUCUAUUGUCAGACCAAGAUGUAAAGAAAUCUCCAAGCCCUGUAGAAUUACAACAUGUCGAUGAACUCAAACCAAAAGAUGAUAAAGAGCCCAAAGAAGAACAUCCGAGCAAAGACAAGCCAAAUGAAAUUCCCAUUAAAACUAAGGAGGAAAAGGAUGAAAAGACACCCAGUCCUGUUGAAAAACUGAAAGAUGGCAAAGAAUCUCCAUUGUCAGACCAGGAUGUAACAAAAUCUCCAAGCCCUGUAGAAUUACAACAUGUCGAUGAACCCAAACCAAAAGAUGAUAAAGAACCCAAAGAAGAACAUCCGAGCAAAGACAAGCCAGAUGAAAUUCCCAUUAAAACUAAGGAGGAAAAGGAUGAAAAGACACCCAGUCCUGUUGCAAAACUGAAAGAUGGCAAAGAAUCUCCAUUGUUGGAUCAGGAGUUAAAGAAGUCUUUAAGCCCUGUAGAAUUAAAAACGGUCGAUGAACUGAAAGCAAAGAAAGAAAAAGAACCCAUAGAAGAACAUCCUAUCCAGGACAAACCAGAGGAAAUUCCCAUUAAAACUGUGGAGAAAACUGAUGAAAAGAUCCCAAGUCCUGUAGACAAACUAAAAGAUAGCAAAGAAUCUCCAUUUUUGGACCAGGACGUUAAGAAAUCUCCAAGCCCUGAAGAAUUAAAACCAAUCGAUGAACCGAAACCAAUUGACCAAAAAGAAACAGAAAAAGAUCAUCCAAGCAAGGACAAACCAGAUGAAAUUCCUAUUAAAACUGUAGAGGGAAUAGAUCAAAAGACACCCAGUCCAGUAGACAAACUGAAAGACGGCGGAGAAUCUCUAUUGUCAGACCAGGAUGUAAAGAAAUCUCCGAGCCCUGUAGAAACAAAACAUGUCGAGGAACCGAAACAAAAGGAUGAAAAAGAACCAAAAGUAAAAUAUCCAAGCAAGGACAAACCAGGUGAAAUUCCUAUUAAAACUGUAGAUGAAAGGGAUGAUAAGAUCCCAAGUCCUGUAGACAAACUGAGAGAUGAAAAAGAUUCUCCAUUGUUGGACAAGGACGUAAAGAAAUCUCCAAGCCCUGAAGAAUUAAAACCAAUCGAUGAACCGACACCAAAGGACGAAAAAGAAACAAAAGAAGAACAUCCAAGAAAGGACAAAUUAGAUGAAAUUCCUAUAAAAACUGUGGAGAAAAUAGACCAAAAGACACCUAGUCCAGUAGACAACUUGAAAGAUGGCAAAGAAUCUCCAUUGUCAGACCAGGAUGCAAAGAAAUCUCCGAGCUUUGUAGAAUUGAAACAUGUCGAUGAACCGAGACCAAAGGAUGAAAAAGAACCAAAAGAAGAACUUCCAAGCAAGGACAAAACAGGUGAAAUUCCUAUAAAAACUGUGGGGGAAAAGGCUGAUAAGAUCCCUAGUUCAGUAGACAAACUGGAAGAUGGCAAAGAUUAUCCAUUAUUGGACCAAGAUUUAAAGAAAUCUCUUAGCCCUGUAGAAUCAAAACCGGUCGAUGAACCAAAACCUAGGGAAGAAAAAGAAAUAAAAGAAGAACAUCCAAGCAAGGGUGACCUAGAUGCUCUUCCUGUGAAGACUGUGGACGAAAAAGAUGAAAAGACACCCAGUCCAGUAGCCAAAUUGAAAGACGGCAAAGAAUCUCCAUUGUCAGACAAGGACGUAAAGAAAUCUCCAAGCCCUGUAGAAACUGUCUAUGGACCGGAACCAAAGGACGAAAUAGAAUCGAAAGAAGAACAUCUGAGUAAAGACAAAUCAGAUGAAAUUCCCAUUAAACCUGUGGAGGAAAAAGAUCAAAAGACACCCAGUCCAGUAGAUAAACUGAAAGACGGCGAAGAAUCUCUAUUGUCAGACCAAGAUGUAAAGAAAUCUCCAAGCCCUGUAGAAUUACAACAUGUCGAUGAACUCAAACCAAAAGAUGAUAAAGAGCCCAAAGAAGAACAUCCGAGCAAAGACAAGCCAGAUGAAAUUCCCAUUAAAACUAAGGAGGAAAAGGAUGAAAAGACACCCAGUCCUGUUGAAAAACUGAAAGAUGGCAAAGAAUCUCCAUUGUCAGACCAGGAUGUAACAAAAUCUCCAAGCCCUGUAGAAUUACAACAUGUCGAUGAACCCAAACCAAAAGAUGAUAAAGAACCCAAAGAAGAACAUCCGAGCAAAGACAAGCCAGAUGAAAUUCCCAUUAAAACUAAGGAGGAAAAGGAUGAAAAGACACCCAGUCCUGUUGAAAAACUGAAAGAUGGCAAAGAAUCUCCAUUGUUGGAUCAGGAGUUAAAGAAGUCUUUAAGCCCUGUAGAAUUAAAAACGGUCGAUGAACUGAAAGCAAAGAAAGAAAAAGAACCCAUAGAAGAACAUCCUAUCCAGGACAAACCAGGUGAAAUUCCUAUUGAAAUUGUAGAGGAAAAGGAUGACAAGACGCCAAGUCCAGACUACAAACUGAGAGAUGACAAUGAAUCUCAAUUGCUGGCCCAAGACAUACAGAAGUCUUUAAACCCUGUAGAAUUGAAACCGGUCGAUGAACCGAAAGCAAAGGACGAAAAAGAACCCAAAGAUGAACAUCCUACCAAGGACAAACCAGAGGAAAUUCACAUCAAAACUAUGGAGAAAAAGAAUGAAAAGAUCCCAAGUCCUGUAGACAAACUAAAAGAUAGCAAAGAAUCUCAAUUGUUGGACCAGGAAGUUAAGAAAUCUCCAAGCCCUGAAGAAUUAAAACCAAUCGAUGAACCGAAACCAAUUGACCAAAAAGAAACAAAAAAAGAACAUCCAAGAAAGGACAAACCAGAUGAAAUUCCUAUUAAAACUGUGGAGGAAAUAGAUCAAAAGACACCCAGUCCAGUAGACAAACUGAAAGACGGCGAAGAAUCUCUAUUGUCAGACCAGGAUGUAAAGAAAUCUCCGAGCCCUGUAGAAAUAAAACAUGUCGAUGAACCGAAACCAAAGGAUGAAAAAGAACCAAAAGUAAAAUAUCCAAGCAAGGACAAACCAGGUGAAAUUCCUAUUAAAACUGUAGAGGAAAGAGAUGAUAAGAUCCCAAGUCCUGUUGACAAACUGAGAGAUGAAAAAGAUUCUCCAUUGUUGGACAAGGACGUAAAGAAAUCUCCAAGCCCUGAAGAAUUAAAACCAAUCGAUGAACCGACACCAAAGGACGAAAAAGAAACAAAAGAAGAACAUCCAAGAAAGGACAAAUUAGAUGAAAUUCCUAUUAAAAUUGUGGAGGAAAGAGGCCAAAAGACACCUAGUCCAGUAGACAACUUGAAAGAUGGCAAAGAAUCUCCAUUGUCAGACCAGGAUGCAAAGAAAUCUCCGAGCCUUGUAGAAUUGAAACAUGUCGAUGAACCAAAACCAAAGGAUGAAAAAGAACCAAAAGUAGAACUUCCAAGCAAGGACAAAACAUGUGAAAUUCCUAUUAAAACUUUAGAUGAAAAGGAUGAAAAGACGCCCAGUCCAGCCGACAAACGGAAAGACGGCAAAGAAUCUCCAUUGUUAGACCAGGACGUAAAGAAAACUCCAAGCCCUGUAGAAUUAAAACAUGUCGUUGAACCGAAACCAAAGGAUGAUAAAGAACAUAAAGAAGAACAUCCGAGCAAAGAAAAACCAGGUGAAAUUGCUAUAAAAACUGUAGAAGAAAGGGAUGAUAAGAUCACAAGUCCUGAAGACAAACUGGAAGAUGGCAAAGAUGCUCCAUUAUUGGACCAAGAUUCAAAGAAAUUUCUUAGCCCUGUAGAAUCAAAACUGGUCGAUGAACCAAAACCUAGGGAAGAAAAUGAAACAAAAGAAGAACAUCCAAGCAAGGAUGAUCUAGAUGCUCUUCCUGUGAAAACUGUGGACAAAAAAGAUGAAAAAACACCCAGUCCAGUAGACGAACUGAAAGAUGGCAAAGAAUCUCCAAUGUCAGACCAGGACGAAAAGAAAUCUACAAGCCUUGUAGAACUAAAACCAGUUGAAGAACCAAAAUCUAAGGACGACAAAGUAACAAAGGAAGAGCAUCCGAGUAGAGAAAGACCAGAUGAAAUUCCCAUUCAAACUAUGGAGAAAGAAGAUGAAGUGACACCCACUCUAGUAGACAAACUUAAAGAUAUCAAAGAAUCUCCAUUGUCAGUUAAGGACGUAGAGAAAUCUCCAAGCCCCGUAGAAACUGUCGAUGGACCGGAACCAAUUGACGAAAUAGAACCCAAAGAAGAACUUCUGAGUAAGGACAAAUCAGAAGAAAUUACCAUUAAAACUGUGGAGGAAAAAGAUCAAAAGACACCCAGUCCAGUAGACAAACUGAAAGAUGGCAAAGAAACUCCAAUUUCAGACCAGGACGUAAAGAAAUAUCCAAGUCCUGUAGAAUUAAAACAUAUCGAUGAACCGAAACCAAAAGAUGAAAAAGAACCCAAAGAAGAACAUCCAAGCAAUGAAAGACCACAUGAAAUUCCUAUUAAAACUGUGGAGGAACAGGAUGAUAAGAUCCCUAGCCCAGUAGAAAAACUGAAAGAUGACAAAGAAACUCGAUUGUCAGACCAGGACUUUACAAAAUCUCCAAGCCCUGUAGAAUUAAAACUUGUUGAUAAGCCCAAACCAAAGGAUGAUAAAGAACCCAAAGAAGAACAUCCGAACAAGGACAAACCAGAUGAAAUUCCCAUUAAAACGGUGGAGGAAAAAGAUCAAAAGACACUCAGUCCAGUUGAUAAACUGAAAGAUGGUAAAGAUUCUCCAUUGUCAGACGAGGACGUUUGGAAAUCUCCAAGCCCUGUACAAGUAAGACCAGUUGAUGAACCGAAACCGAAAGACGAAAAAGAACCAAAAGAAGAACAUUCGAGUAGCGAUAAACCACAUGAAAUUCCCAUUAAAACUGUGGACGAAAAGGAUGAAAAGACGCCAAGUCCAGUGAAAAAACUGAAAGAAGGCAAAGAUUCUCCAUUGUCAGACCAAGGCGUAAAGAAAUCUCCAAGCCCUGUCGAAUCAAAAACAGUUGAUGAACUAAAACCAAAGGACGAAAAAGAACCCAAAGAGGAACAUCCGAGUAAAGAUAAACCAGAUGAAAUUCCCAUUAAAACCGUGGUGGAAAAGGAUGAAAAGACGCCAAGUCCUGAAGACAAACAAAAAUAUGGCAAAGAAUUUCCAUUGUCAGACCAGGGUGUAAAGAAAUCUCCAAGCCCUAUAGAAUUAAAACCAGUUGAUGUACCGAAACCAAAGGACGAAAAAGAACACAAAGAAGAACAUUCAUGUAAAGAUACACCAGAUGAAAUUCCCAUUAAAACUGUGGACGAAAAGGAUGGAAAAACACCCAUUCCAGUAGACAAACUGAAAGACGGCAAUGAAUCUCCAUUGUCAGACAAGGACGUAAAGAAAUCUCCAAGCCCUGUAGAAGUUGUCGAUGGACCGGAACCAAAGGACGAAAUAGAACCCAAAGAAGAACAUCUGAGUAAGGACAAAUCAGAUGAAAUUCCCAUUAAAACUGUGGAGGAACAAGAUCAAAAGACACCCAGUCCAGUAGACAAACUGAAAGAUGGCAAAGAAACUCCAAUGUCAGACCAGGACGUAAAGAAAUAUCCAAGCCCUGUAGAAUUACAACAUGUCGAUGAACCCAAACCAAAAGGUGAUAAAGAACCCAAAGAAGAACAUCCGAGCAAAGACAAGCCAGAUGAAAUUCCCAUUAAAACUAAGGAGGAAAAGGAUGAAAAGACACCCAGUCCUGUUGACAAACUGAAAGAUGGCGAAGAAUCUCCAUUGUCAGACAAGGACGUAAAGAAAUCUCCAAGCCCUGUAGAAACUGUCGAUGGACCGGAACCAAAGGACGAAAUAGAACCCAAAGAAGAACAUCUGAGUAAGGACAAGUCAGAUGAAAUUCCCAUUAAAACUGUGGAGGAACAAGAUCAAAAGACACCCAGUCCAGUAGACAAACUGAAAGAUGGCAAAGACACUCCAAUGUCAGACCAGGACGUAAAGAAAUAUCCAAGCCCUGUAGAAUUACAACAUGUCGAUGAACCCAAACCAAAAGAUGAUAAAGAACCCAAAGAAGAACAUCCGAGCAAAGACAAGCCAGAUGAAAUUACCAUUAAAACUGUGGAGGAAAAGGAUGAAAAGACACCCAGUCCAGUAGAUAAACUGAAAGAUGGCAAGGAAUCUCCAUUGUCAGACCAGGACGUUAAGAAAUCUCCAAGCCCUGUCGAAUUAAAAACAGUUGAUGAACCGAAACCAAAGGAUGAAAAAGAACACAAAGAAGAACAGUCGAGUAAAGAUAAAGCAGAAGAAGUUCCAAUUAAAACUGUGGUGGAAAAGGAUGAAAAGACGCCAAGUCCCGUAGACAAACUGAAAGACGGCAAAGAAUCUCCAUUGUCAGACAAGGACGUAAAGAAAUCUCCAAGCCCUGUAGAAACUGUCGAUGGACCGGAACCAAAGGACGAAAUAGAACCCAAAGAAGAACAUCUGAGUAAGGACAAGUCAGAUGAAAUUCCCAUUAAAACUGUGGAGGAAAAAGUUCAAAAGACACCCAGUCCAGUAGACAAACUGAAAGAUGGCAAAGAUACUCCAAUGUCAGACCAGGACGUAAAGAAAUCUCCAAGUCCUGUAGAAUUAAAACAUAUCGAUGAACCGAAACCAGAGGAUGAAAAAGAACCCAAAGAAGAACAUCCAAGCAAGGAAAGAUCACAUGAAAUUCCUAUUAAAACUGUGGAGGAACAGGAUGAUAAGAUCCCAAGCCCAGUAGAGAAACUGAAAGAUGGCAAAGAAGCCCCAUUGUCAGAACAGGAUGUAACAAAAUCUCCAAGUCCUGUAGCAUUAAAACAUGUUGAUGAACCCAAACCAAAGGAUGACAAAGAACCCAAAGAAGAACAUCUGAGCAAAUACAAGCCAGAUGAAAUUCCAAUUAAAACUGUGGAGGAAAAGGAUGAAAAGACACCCAGUCCAGUAGAUAAACUGAAAGAUGACAAGGGAUCUCCAUUGUCAGACCAGGACGUUGAGAUAUCUCCAAGCCCUGUCGAAUUAAAAACAGUUGAUGAAACGAAACCAAAGGAUGAAAAAGAACACAAAGAAGAACAUUCGAGUAUAGAUAAAACAGAAGAAAUUCCAAUUAAAACUGUGGUGGAAAAGGAUGAAAAGACGCCAAGUCCCGUAGACAAAUUGAAAGAUGGCAAAGAAUCUCCAUUGUCAGACCCAAUCAUGAAGAAAUCUCCAAGCCCUACAGAAUUAAAACCGGUUGAUGUACCGAAAUCAAAGGAUAAAAAAGAACACAAAGAAGAACAACCGAGUAAAGAUAAACCAGAUGAAAUUCCCAUUAAAACUGUGGACGAAAAGGAUGAAAAGACGCCAAGUCCAGUAGACAAACUGAAAGACGGCAAAGAAUCUCCAUUAUCAGACAGGGGCGUAAAGAAAUCUCCAAGCCCUGUAGAAACUGUCGAUGGACCGGAACCAAAGGACGAAAUAGAACCCAAAGAAGAACAUCUAAGUAAGGACAAGUCAGAUGAAAUUCCCAUUAAAACUGUGGAGGAAAAAGAUCAAAAGACACCCAGUCCAUUAGACAAACUGAAAGAUGGCAAAGAAACUCCAAUGUCAGACCAGGAUGUAAAGAAAUCUCCAAGUUCUGUAGAAUUAAAACAUAUCGAUGAACCGAAACCAAAGGAUGAAAAAGAACCCAAAGAAGAACAUCCAAGCAAGGAAAGGCCACAUGAAAUGCCUAUUAAAACUGUGGAGGAACAGGAUGAUAAGAUCCCUAGCCCAGUAGAGAAACUGAAAGAUGGCAAAGAAACUCCAUUGUCAGACCAGGAUGUAACAAAAUCUCCAAGCCCUGUAGCAUUAAAACAUGUUGAUGAACCCAAACCAAAGGAUGAUAAAGAACCCAAAGAAGAACAUCCGAGCAAAGACAAGCCAGAUGAAAUUCCAACUAAAACUGUGGAGGAAAAGGAUGAAAAGACACCCAGUCCAGUAGAUAAACUGAAAGAUGGCAAGGAAUCUCCAUUGUCAGACCAGGACGUUAAGAAAUCUCCAAGCCCUGUCGAAUUAAAAACAGUUGAUGAACCGAAACCAAAGGAUGACAAAGAACCCAAAGAAAAACAUCUGAGCAAAGACAAGCCAGAUGAAAUUCCAAUUAAAACUGUGGAGGAAAAGGAUGAAAAGACACCCAGUCCAGUAGAUAAACUGAAAGAUGACAAGGAAUCUCCAUUGUCAGACCAGGACGUUGAGAUAUAUCCAAGCCCUGUCGAAUUAAAAACAGUUGAUGAACCGAAACCAAAGGAUGAAAAAGAACACAAAGAAGAACAGUCGAGUAAAGAUAAAGCAGAAGAAUUUCCAAUUAAAACUGUGGUGGAAAAAGAUGAAAAGACACCAAGUCCUGUAGACAAAUUGAAAGAUGGCAAAGAAUCUCCAUUGUCAGACCAAGGCAUUAAGAAAUCUCCAAGCCCUACAGAAUCAAAACCGGUUGAUGUACCGAAAUCAAAGGACGAAAAAGAACACAAAGAAGAACAUCCGAGUAAAGAUAAACCAGAUGAAAUUCCCAUUAAAACUGUGGAGGAAAAGGAUGAAAAUACGCCAAGUCCAGUAGACAAACUGAAAGACGGCAAACAGUCUCCAUUGUCAGACCAGGACGUAAAGAAAUCUCCAAGCCGUAUAGAAUUAAAACCAGUUGAUGAACCGAAACCAAAGGAUGAAAAAGAACCCAAAAAAGAACCUCCAAGCAAGGACAAGCUAGAUUCUCUUCCUGUGAAGACUCUUGACGACAAGGAUGAAAAGACACCCAGUCCAGUAGAUAAACUGAAAGAUGGCAAGGAAUCUCCAUUGUCAGACCAGGACGUAAAGAAAUCUCCAAUCCCUGUCGAAUUGAAACCAGUUGAUGAACCGAAACCAAAGGACGAAAAAGAACACAAAGGAGAACAUUCGAGUAAAGAUAAACCUGAUGAAAUUCCCAUUAAAACUGUGGACGAAAAGGAUGGAAAGACACCCAGUCCAGUAGACAAACUGAAAGACGGCAAAGAAUCUCCAUUGUCAGACCAAGGCAUUAAGAAAUCUCCAAGCCCUACAGAAUUAAAACCGGUUGAUGUACCGAAAUCAAAGGACGAAAAAGAACACAAAGAAGAACAUCCGAGUAAAGGUAAACCAGAUGAAAUUCCCAUUAAAACUGUGGACGAAAAGGAUGAAAAGACGCCAAGUCCAGUAGACAAACUGAAAGACGGCAAACAGUCUCCAUUGUCAGACCAGGACGUAAAGAAAUCUCCAAGCCGUAUAGAAUUAAAACCAGUUGAUGAACCGAAACCAAAGGAUGAAGAAGAACCCAAAAAAGAACCUCCAAGCAAGGACAAGCUAGAUUCUCUUCCUGUGAAGACUGUUGACGAGAAGGAUGAAAAGACACCCAGUCCAGUAGACAAAUUGAAAGUUGGCAAGGAAUCUCCAUUGUCAGACCAGGACGUUAAGAAAUCUCCAAGCCCUGUCGAAUUAAAAACAGUUGAUGAACCGCAACCAAAGGAUGAAAAAGAACACAAAGAAGAACAUUCGAGUAAAGAUAAACCUGAUGAAAUUCCCAUUAAAACUGUGGACGAAAAGGAUGGAAGGACACCCAGUCCAGUAGACAAACUGAAAGACGGCAAAGAAUCUCCAUUGUCAGACCAGGACGUACAGAAAUCUCCAAGCCGCAUAGAAUUAAAACCAGUUGAUGAACCGAAACCAAAGGAUGAAAAAGAACCCAAAAAAGAACCUCCAAGCAAGGAUAAGCUAGAUGUUCUUCCUGUGAAGACUGUUGACGAGAAGGAUGAAAAGACACCCAGUCCAGUAGACAAAUUGAAAGAUGACAAAGAAUCUCCAUUGUCGGACAAGGACGUAAAGAAAUCACCAAGCCCUGUCGAAAUAAAAACAGUUGAUGAACUGAAACCAAAGGACGAAAAAGAACCCAGAGCAGAACAUCCGAGUAAAGAUAAACUAGAUGAAAUUCCCAUUAAAACUGUGGACAAAAAGGAUGAAAAGACGCCAAGUUCAGUAGACAAACUGAAAGAUGGCAAAGAAUCUUCAUUGUCAGACCAGGACGUAAAGAAAUAUCCAAGCCCUGUACAAUUAAAACCAGUUGAUGAACUGAAACCAAAGGACGACAAAGAACCCAGAGCAGAACAUCCGAGUAAAGAUAAACUAGAUGAAAUUCCCAUUAAAACUGUGGACAAAAAGGAUGAAUACAUGCCAAUUCCAGUAGACAAACUGAAAGACGGCAAAGAAUCUCCAUUGUCAGACCAGGACGUAAAAAAAUCUCCAAGCCCUAUAGAAUUAAAACCAGUUGAUGAACCGAAACCAAAGGAUGAAAAAGAACCCAAAGAAGAACAUCCGAGUAAAGAUAAACCAGAUGAAAUUCCCGUUAAAACUGUGGACGAAAAAGAUGGAAAGCUACGCAGUCCAAUAGACAAUUUGAAAGAGAACACAGAUUCUCCAUUUUCAGAACAGGACUUAGAGAAGUCUCUAAGCCAUGUAGAGUCAAAACCGGUAGAUGAAAGAAAACCUAGGGAAGAAAAAGAAACAAAAGAAGAAUCUCCAAGCAAGGACAAGCUAGAUGCUCUUCCUGUGAAGACUGUCGACGAGAAGGAUGAAAAGACACCAAGUCCAGUAGACAAACGGAAAGAUGACAAAGAACCUCCAUUGUCAGACCAGGACCUAAAGAAAUCUCCAAGCCCUGAAGAAUUAAAACCUUUCGAUGAACCGAAGCCAAAGGACGAAAAGGAAACCAAAGAGGAACAUCCAAGCAAGGACAAGCUAGGUGAAGUUCCUUUUAAAACUGUAGAGGAAAAAGAUAAAAAGACGGCCAGUCCAGUAGACAAACUGAAAGAUGGCAAAGACUCUCCAUUGUCCCAUCAGGUCUUAAAGAAGUCUUCAAGCCCUGAAGGCUUACAAACGCUCCAUGAUUUUAUACUUAAAGAUGAAAAAGAACCAAAAGAAGAACAUGCUAGAAAGGAAAAACCAAAUGAAAUUUCUAUUAAAACUGAAAAGUUUGGAAAGACGCUCAGUCCAGUAGACCAACUGAAAAAUGGCAGGGAAUCUCCAUUGUCAGACCAGGACGUAAAGAAAUCUCCAAGCCCCGUAGAAUUAAAACCAGUCGAUGAACCGAAGCCAAAAGACGAAAAGGAAACAAAAAAUGAACAUGCAAGUAGGGACAAACCAGAUGAAUUUCCCUUUAAACCUGUAGAGGAAAAAGAUGAAAAGGCGCCUAGUCCAGUAGACAAGAUAAAAGAUGGCGGAGAACAGCCAUUAUCAGAACAAGUAUCAAAAGAGACGCCAAGCGAUGUAGAAUCAAAAGUGCUUGAUAAAAUAGAGCCAAAAGACGAAAAAGAAACAAAAGAAGAAUGUCCCAGCAAAGAGCAAAAAGAUAAAAAGACGCCUAGUCCAAUAGAUGAUAUAAAAGAUGGCAAGGAAUCUCCAGAAACAACGCUAGACGGAAGUGUGUCACCCCCCUUAGAGGAAGAACUGAAAAAAUCUUCAAGUCCAGAUCUAGUGUUAAAACAACUUUAUGACUUGUCACUUAAGGACAAUUUACCAAUGACCGUACCAAGUACGAGCAGGGACAAGGCAGAAGAAUUAAUUGUAAAAACAAUUAAACCUCUCUCUGAAAAAGCAUUAAGUCCUGAAAAGUCGUUGAAAUCAGACAUACAGAUAGUAAAAGAGACAAAAGAGUCUCCAAGCUCCAUAGGAGAAAAAUUUAUGGAUGAUAAGUCACCAAAAGAAAAGGCUGAACCAAAAAUAAAAAGCCAAGACAAUGUGAUCACAGAUAAAAAAACGCCAAGUCCUGUAGGAGAAAUUAAACAAGAAAAGGAAUCUCCAUGUCCUGUAGAAGAAAAAUAUAAUGAUGAAUCAUUAUCCAAAAGAAAACCAGAACCGAAUGGAAAGAUUUCAGUAGAGAAAGAAGUAGAGAAAAGUGUUUUGGAAGAAGCUAGCGGUCCUCCACUAGGAGAAAAAAUUACACAAAAGGACAAAGUUUCACUUAUGUCAGAGGAAAAAUUACAAAAAGACUCUACAUCUUUUACAAUAGUAAAAGGUGACCAGAGAUCUGUACAUUCGAUACCAGACAAACUUGAUGACAAACAAGAUGAUAAUACUUCUGUCCCUGUAUCCCGUCUCAUUAAUGAUAAACAAAAGGAGUUAAGUAGAUCUCAAGAUCAAUCAAAUCUUUUUGAACUAAUUGAUGAACCUGAAUCAGAACAAUCGACCAAUGUUCAAACUGUUAUGGAAAAUGGGUUGUCAAUAAAAAGGAAAACAAUAGUACAUAAAAUUACAAAAUUAUUCGGUAAUUAUACUGAAAAUGUUUUGCGAAAGCACGUCACAACGAUAACGACAAUUGAAGACGAAUUUCCUGACGGCACAAUUAACAUAAAAAGAAAUGAACAAGAAUUGUAUGAGGAUCAAAUUUUAGAAAAUUCUGAUUAUUUCGUUCAAAGUUGCGAUCAUACUUCAAAUAAGACUAAGGAAAAGGGAGAUUUUGAAAGUAGUUCUCAAGUUGCUCACAGUAGUUCGGAAGACGUUUCUAGGGAAAUAAGUUUAGAAGAAAAAUACAGUUUUGAAAGUUCUGAAAAGAGUGUGAAAAAACAUUCUUUGUCCAAAGACUUAAAGGAUAAAAGUGAUAAAAACGAAAUAAAUGCAAUAAAUGAAGAGGGUUUGAAACCUGGAAGUAGUAUUUUAAGUACGUCAAUGUCAAGUUCACUAGUGUCACCAAAAUUAACACUAGAAGAUAGUGCAGAGCAAAUCAUGAGUUCGGUAAGAAAAGCUUUCGGAGAACAAGAUGAAGACAUACAGCAAGGUAUUAAAACUGAAAGCAUUAUUAUAAGACCAGAUCUAGAAAGAGUUUCAACGCCACCCACCGUCCCAGUAAGUCCCUUGCCAAAGACACCUAGUAGUUUCCAGGACGUAAAAAUGAGUGAUGGAGUUCAAAGUGAAGUAAUUUAUGAUAAGUCGGAUAGUGCUGAAGAAACUGUUACUAAAGUAGUGCACGUCGGCGAUGACAUUGUCACUCAAAAAAUAUCUACUACUACGGAAAAGGUUGCAAAGUCUGUCAAGGGAAUCGAUUUAGAUGUGGACGCCGACUUAGUAGCACUUAUGCAAAAUGUCGGUAAAAUAAAAACUGAAACAGAUACUGUAACAAAAAUAAUAAAAGAAGGUGAAAAUGUUGUAACUCAAACAAUUACUACAGUUACUACCAAAGAGAUAAUCUCAAGAGAAGAUGGCACUCCUCAAAAUGUCAAGACUACAAUUGAAACAACAACACACAGCAAAGGCGCUGAUGGGUCUGUAACAACAACAAAAGAUACAAAGAUCUUACUUAACGAAUGUUCUUCAACUUUACGUUCCACAUCGCAAAUGGAUCUAUAUCCGAAAGAUUUUAAAUCCGACAGCUCUCUAGAUAUGGAUGUUAAUAGUAAAGUUGGAAUAACUCAGGAUCUUUCACAGUUAGAAUCAGUUGACUUACUUGACUUGGAUGAUGUCGAUCUUAAUAUAGAAGAUACAAACAUCGACACUGAUGUUAGUAAGCGGAUUGUUAAAGAAGGUAACGUGGAUAUAAUUGAAACAAUAACGACAACUACUAAAAAAGAAACUAUAAAAAUUAAUGAAAACAAUAAAAAAAUUAAAACUAGUAUUGAAACUAUUGUAACAAAAGAGUAUCCAGAUGGAUCUAAGAAGGAAGAAAAAAAUGUUGAAGUGAAAAUAGAUGAGUUUAGUGAAGACGCUUGUAAUGAUAUUGAAGACUUGCUUAAAGAUUACUCAAUCAUUGGUGAACCAGAGGAAGAGGAGUCAAUUCAGAGUGAAAAUAUUUUAGUAAACGGCAUUAACAUCCUAAGAGCUGUUUCCACUAAAACAAUAAAAACGAAGUAUACUAAUUCAGAAGGCAUUGUUAAAAAAAUAAAGACUGUUACCAUCGUUACUACUACUGACACAUAUCCAGAUGGUUCAUCACAAACUCGGAUCGAUACAAGCCUGUCCUUAUCAGAUAUUGAGGAACUAGAUAAUGUAGUUGAAACGACCGAACUAUUGGACUACACAAUACUAGAAAACACAACACAAGAAGUCAAAAGUGAAUGUCAAGAGAAAGUCAUAGAUGGAAAUAAAGUCCAACAAUUUAUCACAAUAACUACAAAAACCGAUAUCUUAGCAACAGAAGAUAGAACAAAGAAGAAGAAAAAAAUUAGUACAGAGACAGUAACAGAAACAAAGAAUCCAGAUGGAACUGUGGAAGUUACAAAGGAUAUAAAUAUAAAAAUUGAAGAUUUUGUUUCAAGAGCAGAGGAAAGUAUACUAGAAGGAUUUGAAAGUAUGGGUCAUCCGCAAGAAAAUUGCGAAGUAGAAGAAACAGAAGUUAUAGAACAUGGCAAACGAAUCAAAAGAAAAAAGACAACAAUAACUACAAAACAAACAUUUACUAACCAAACUACUGCAAUAAUCAAAACAAAACUAACAACGACUAUUACAACUGAAGAUGAAUAUCCAGAUGGAUCAAUUGUAACAAAAACUAGUAAAUAUAAUCAAUUUUUUGAUGAAGAAAUACCAUGCGAAGGUAUAACUCCUAGCUCAGAAUUGCAAUUUGAAGAUCAUAAUUUACUUAAGGAUCUUGUUCUAGUAGGGGAUAUUGAAGAAACGGAAUCAGUUGAAGAUAAAGAAAUAGAAGAAGACAAGAUUUUAAUAAAACGUCAUGUAGUCAUUAAAACUACAAAAAGCCAUUAUACUGAUUCGAAUAAUAUUUUAAGAAAAUUGAAAACAGUGGUUACUACUACAACGACGGAUACUUACCCAGAUGGGUCUACUAACACAACAACAGCUACCAAUAUUUCUGUCAAUGACAUAGAGAGAAACGAUUAUGAAUCUUUAGAUGUAAACACUUAUUCCAAGUUACAAGACAAAACUGUAGACGUCAAUAAAGAGCAUAAAAGAGUUCUUAGAAAUGGUAAGGAAGUAGAACAAAUUAUAACAACCACAACAACUUCGGAAAUAUUGUCAAAAGUUGAUGAAAGUGAAACAGUUUUAAGAGUAACGAAAGAAAUCGUAACGGAAACUAUGUUACCUGAUGGAACAGCUGAAGUGGUUAAAGAAAUUAGAGUAUCCACUCAGGAUUAUUCAAGAAACUCUAUCGAUAAUAAUUUAGAAGGUUACAUUCAGUCUGGUGAGCCAGAAACUGAAACUAAGACAGAACUUGAGAAAGUAUUCGAAAACAAUGUUUUAAUAAACAGACAAAAAACUAUUACUACAACUAAAGAAUUGCUAGUUAACUCGAAAACUAAAACAAAGAAAAUUAAAACUACUACUAAAACGACCUUGGAAGAUGAGUACCCAGAUGGCACUGUUAUAGUAAAAAAGACUGAAAAGAUUUCUAUUUCUGAUAUGCCAACUGAUAGUUAUGGUUGUGACACUUCUAUAUCUGAGACCUCAGAUACUGAAGUCGUGGAAGAUACUGUUGAAGAUUUAGACGUAAAACAUGAACUUGUAGCUAAAGGAAGUGAUACCAUAAAGAGAACAAUUACAACAAAAACAAAAAAAGAAACCUUACAAAGCUUAGAUAAAGAUGUUAAACGUAUAAGAACUACGAUUGAAACAACGACAGAAGAUGAAUAUUCUGAUGGUUCCAUAGAAACUACAAAGGAUGUCAAAAUAACGAUUUCCGAAUUUCAAAAAACGUCUAAUAGUGACUUACAGGCUGCUUUACAAGGAUUUACUUCCACUGGAGUUUCAAAAACGAGCGACGACAAAAAGAGGAAUGUGUAUAUAAAUGAAAAUUCCGAAAAAAUUACUCAAGAAAUCACUACACAUGUUACAAAAGAAGAGCUUUUAAAUCCUGAAACCCAAGAAGUUGCUGUGAAAACCAUUACAGAAACUACAACCGAAAAUAAAAAAGAAGAUGGCUCAAUAGAAACUACCAAAGACGUUCAAACACAGGUUACAUAUCUGCCCAAGGGCAGUAGAAUGAGUGAUUGGUCACCAGAAGAUAUCGAGAAUUUAUCGCAAAAUAUCGAAUCAGUUGUAGAAGGAGGGAAGCCGAUUAUACGUGAACACGAUAAACCUACACUCGCACAAUUGCCCUUAGAAAAGAAGUGUGAGUCACAACAGUCCGAAACUAAAUCGAGAAAACGAUCUCCAGUGGGUGAAAUAACGACUGAAACUGAAACUUUCACUAAAGUUGUAAAGGAAGGAGAUAAACAAAUCACACAGACGAUUACCGUUUUGACCACAAAAGAAGUCAUUAGCCCUGAAAAAAUAAAAAUAACUGUAGAAACAAUAACUGUUAGCAAAGGAGACGAUGGCACAACAAAAACUACAAAAUCUACUAAAACUACUGUUUCAGAAUUUAAAGAAGAAUACGAGGAAAUUAUUGACACUGGCGAAAGUGAAAAAUCAUCGUCCAAAUUUUCAUCCAAAACUGGAGAUUUAAGAAGUUCAUCAGGAGCCAGUGACGAUUUUGAUCAACGAGGAAUAUCAUCACCCCCCUCCGAUAUCAGUUCUAGAGAAUCUCAUGCAGCAACUCACGCUUGGGGUACUGAAAGCAGUGGCAUGUAUUACAGCGACGACGAUGGGCAAGGCAGUCCAAGCAGUACAAAGUCUCAAAUAGCACAUUCUCCAAGAUCGAAUUUAAGCUUUGAAUUAGAUACUAAAUUAUUACCCCCAUCAUCAGAUCCCAUGUCCAUGUCAAUAUAUGGUGACAUUCCUGGGGACGAUGAGUCUUUUACCCUUUCCGCUGAAGUGCAAUCUAAAACAUACGUACAUGAAAAAGUAGAAAGUAAGUCAGAUAUCAAGAUAAGUUCAAAAGAGGAAUCAAAAUCGGAAUCGAUUCAUCAUUCUGAUAUAUCCUUCUUAAAAGAGGCUGACGAACAAUUCAAUAAAGCAAUCGAAGAACAUAAAAAAGUAAGCGGCCACGAGGUCAUAUCAAAUAUAACAGCAAAAUAUAAAAUCGAUGAACAGAGUCAUUCUAGUGGUAGUCACUAUGAGGCGAAGAAAGAGGGGGAUAGCUUAACAUUAAAAGAACUACGAACUGAAUCUCAAAAAGCUUCAGCUAGCAGUUCCACUUCGACUCACGAAUCGAAAUCGAGUAAAACUGAAAGUUCCGAAAAAACGACCAAAGACAAAGAUCCCAUAGAAUCUUGGGGCAAACCAUUGGGACUUCCGAGUCCAAUCUUGCCACCCAACCAAACCGAGAAUAGAAGUACACCCAAAAAGCAAAUGGCGUCUUCGAAUGUAGCGAAUAAGAAUAAGUUGAAUCAAGAGAAGAGCAAAGAGGCGAAACGAGCUUCGGAAUCGCCUAGUAAAAAGAAGACCCCCGCUCCCAUAUACAUGGACCUCACGUACGUGCCGCACCACGGAAACUCGUACUACUCGGCGAUGGAGUUCUUCAAGCGGGUCAGAGCACGCUACUACGUAUUCUCGGGGACGGAGCCAUCUAAGGAAAUAUACAAUGCUCUUCUAGAUGCCAAGAAAACAUGGGAAGACAAGGACUUAGAAGUAACAAUAAUUCCGACGUACGACACCGACGUGCUCGGGUACUGGGUGACCGAGAACGAGGAAGCCCUGGAGAAGUACAAGAUCGACCUCUCGCCGUCGGCCUCACGCUGCACCAUCAACCUGCAAGACCACGAGACAUCCUGCGCCGCCUACAGACUCGAGUUCUAGGUGUCGGGCCUAUUUGUGGCCUUCUCAUCGGAGAAGUGAGCCUCCUACGCCGCGCGGGUACCGUCGAGGCCUGGAGGGUGGUGGUGUACCGCGUGAGAAUCUGUGAUAGUCGUUAGCGAUCGGGACGGACCCGCGCGAGGCCGCUACUCCGCAUGAGAUAGUUUGCAAAUAGCCGACAGUGCGCCGUGCGCGACGCCGCGAUUGGAGUUGUAUACGAGCUCGUAUACGACUCGCAAUCCGCGACCCUAUUUGUAAGACUCGAUUAGAUGGAUAAGUUCCGACACUGUACCCGAACGUCCGCCGUCGGCGACCACAUCCAACCGUUGUCGAACCAACCUCUCGACCUAAAAUCAGAAACGUCCAUUUUUUUCUAAAAACUCUUUUCUAGUAGUGUCAUUGAUAAGAAAUACACGCCAUUUAAAAAUAUUUUUAUGACGUUUUCGAGUAUGGUGUUAUACAAUGAGUAGUGCUUUUAUACACGAUAUUUAGCGAAGGUCCAUUUUAUUUAGCCGACACACCGCUUGUGCAACAAAAAUUUUUGAAAAAAUUAUUUUGCUAACGCCAUAUAACUCUUAUAUAUUAUGUAACUAUAAAUGUAGAGACGUUAAUUUUUUAGCGAGCGCUUUACACGGACGUGAUAUUUUAGGAAAAAGUCCAUUUCUGGUAGAAGACAAACCGACUAGGACUCGACCCGAGGACGAGAGCGAACACGCGCGCGGCUCGGUGUCGCGCGCGCCGCGGCAGCUACGGCCGCGGCCCUAUGUUACCUCUUUAGAAAGAUAAAGAUUACUUCUAUUGUCUAAAUGUGAUUACGGAAUGAAUGUGUAAAAUGGAUUUGUGAAAAAAAUAGAUUCCUCGAUAUUUAAUUCCGACCCGGUCGUUAGAUAUACGAGUAGAGUGCACAAAAGUCGGAUCGCGAUGGCGGGCGGCCGGGCCAUGCCGCGCGGCGCCGCCCGUGCCUGCGGCGGAGCCGCGCGCGACGCCGCCCGGCCGCCCGACGCGGAGUGAAGAAGUGAUCUCUAUUUUUUGUAAUAAAACGGCAGCCUAAGAUAAUAGAGAGCUUAAACGAUUUAAUGAAUGUUUUAUUAGAAAUAUUUAAAAUGAUAUAUUUACCGUUGUUUUAAGUUAAAUACCGCUUGUUGCGUCUUUGACUAUAUAGUUUUAAAGCGUGUUGAAGUCGUUUCGUGUACAGUUAAGUCCCGACAGAAUCUCAGGAAUAAUUUCGGCGUUUCGGUGUGACGCGACGCGACGUGUAAAUUUUUCUAGUCGAAUUCUACCCAAAUACUUACGAACGCGUAGUGGUAUUCGUUCCUAUAUAAAUUGAUUUAUAUUUUUUGUAAACCUCGAGUAGAUAGUUUCCGCGCUACGUCGUCGCGGAGCGCGUGCGCGACCUGUGACGUCAUUCGACCCUACACAUCUAGUCUAAGUCACGAGGCGUUUCCUCCUCUUCUCCGUUCAUCGUUUGCCAAUUCAAAGAGAAAGGUUUCGAGUCAAUUAAUUUUAAGUCAUCCAUAGUCUAAGGCCACCCGACGUACCGUCGCUUCCUUCGCCGAACUCGUAGUCGCAAAACCCGAUUCCGUAUAAUCUUCGCCUGCACAACGUAUCAUCGAAAUGUUCUGUCUCCGCGUACGUCGAGCGUAUUUGUUUUCUGAAGUGUUCGGGUGAUACGACGAGGGGAGUGCGCCGCGUGAGGCACGACGGGGAGGCGCGCCGCGGCCCGAGACGGACGGAGCUAGCUUUCUCUUUCUCUCUCUCUGACACUGCCUGGCUCGACUGGCCUCUCGCGUUCACGGGGCCCGAGGCGCCUCGUUCCCCCGCUUGUCCCGUUCCGUUCGUCGCUCGACGCCCGUCCGGCGUCCGCCGUCCGUCCGCCCUGGCCGCGGCCCGUCCCCGUGCGGUCGACGUCGCGGCCGGCUCCGAAGCCCGACUCAGACGUUCACUAUUAUAUUUUAUAGCUAGAAGUAUAAUUAAUUAAUGCAUAUUAUUAUAUUAGGAGUAUUAAAAUGUUACUAAAGAUAAGAAUUGUAUCAGCUUAGUGAACAUCAAUAGCUCCGAGAGUGAAUCAUUAUUGAAAUUAUUAAAUGUUGUACUUUUCUUAUCUCGUUGCUUUAAAUUUGAAAAUUUAUGUAUGUGAUAGAAUUUAUACGAGCGAUCGUCUCGCAGAUUGAAAUAUAUAACUCAUAUGACGAAGUGAUAUAAUUAUUUUCGGUCUGUUUUGUCUUAUGUAUUUAUUUAUAAACGGAUAGAGAUCGUUCGAAUUGUAUGCGUCGGUCGUCACGCGGCCGACGCGUUGUCGCUCCGUCCGACGUCCCGGGGACUCGCAAGCGGCUGCGCGCCGACCAGUCAGCGAGACGUCGGACGCGAGGGGGGGCUGUGGGAGUAGAUGUAAAGCUUCUGUGGUGCUAACAACGUGCUAUGCGGGGAGGGCCCAAGCAUCGUUGGAAUAGAAUCGGUCGAUGAGCUGUCAGAAUCUCUCGUUUGUAGAUAUUUUGUAUGUUUUGUAAAUAUAUUAGUAGCUGUCGUGUUCCCCGGUCGGCGGCGCGCUCGGCUUAGUUCCCGACCGACUCUUCCCGCGCCGGCGCCCGGGUCGUUUAGUACUCAAAGACUGCCUUAUCCAGAUAUUUGUACGCGACGCGCCGCAGUCCUCCCGGAAUGCCGCCCGCUCGCUGUCGUCGCGUGCGACGUGCCGACACGUCGGCCGCUCCGUGGACUGCGGCGCGCCGUCCACUCUACCUACACUUUCUAACCCUGUUGAUGUUUUUGAAAUCGCCGAUUUUAUUGGAUUGUGAACACGCUAAAUGGUAAGGCUGAUCGAUGUGCGGGCCGGGAUGUGCUUCGUUCCGUCGCUCGACCGCGUCGCUGUGUCGCUAUGUUUAAUAAUUUAAAUAAUGAUGUCGAUCCUUUGAGGGUUCUUUAGGUAUUUAUUACGAUUAAUGUAUUAUGUAAUUAAAAGAGAAAAAAAGAAAAAAAUAUUAAGAACCAUUCAUUAUAUCAGUCGUAUCGCUAUUUCCCAUUCAGCGUGUUUGGUGAAGUGUAUGAGUCAAUAAACAAAAAGUAAUA